AUGACUGGACCUAGAGGGAACACAAUGUAUUGUGUGAUAAGGUUUGGAUUUGAAGCUUCGAACAACAAGGAGAAGUAUGAAGCGCUUCUAGCCGGACUGCGGUUGGCAAGGGAGCUAAAGGUGAAAGGCGAGUAUCAGGCGAGGGGUCCUAAGAUGGCCGCAUACCUAACAAGGGUAAAAGGCUAUUUGGGGCAAUUGGAGGGGUAUAUCAUAGAGAAAAUCCCAAGAGAGAGGAAUACCCAUGUCAAUGCCCUCGCAAAGCUAGCCACCACAAAGGAUGGAGAUACACUUAAGUCUGUACCUGUGGAGUACUUAUCCAAGCCAAGUAUCACUGAUGUAGAGGUUCACAUGAUCAACACUCCCAAAGAAUCAUGGGUCGACCCAAUUAUGAAAUACCUGAAGGAUGGAACUCUACCAAUAGACAAGAGAGAAGCACAGUGGCUGGCAUAUAAAGCUGCUCGGUACACCCUAGUAGACAGAGUCUUGUACAAGAGAGAAUUUUCUAUACCGCUCUUGCGGUGUGUUGAUGAAGAGGAAGCAAUGAAAGUUUUGUAUGAAAUACACGAGGGCGAAUGCAGCAACCAUACGAGUGGGACAUCUACGUCCAAGAAAGCCAUGAGACAAGGGUACUACUGGCCCUCUAUGGAGAAGGAUGCUAGCAACUUCGCAAGAAAUUGUGACAAAUGUAGAGGAGGAGCCAAGUACGUAGUUGUAGCGGUAGAUUACUUCACCAAGUGGGUUGAAGUAAAACCUCUAGUAAAAAUAAUGGCCAAGCAGAUCACCACCAUUGUCAAAAAGUCCAUUGUCUGCAGGUAUGGAGUGCCUUACAAAAUCAUUUUUGACAACAUUACCCAGUUUGAGGGGGAAACGUUCGAGGAGUACUAUAAAGAGAAAAGAAUAAGGAGAAGCUUCUCAACUGUUGUACAUCCGCAGGCCAAUGGGAAAGUGGAGGCCAUUAACAAAGUCCUCAAGAAGAACAUAAAAACAAAGCUAGAAAAAUUGAAGGGAGCCUGGGUCGAUGAGCUACCCAAUGUACUUUAG